AUGACUUUCUCUAGACUCUACUGUCUCUAGCUAUUUCGGUAUUUGCGGAAGUAUUUUAGAAAUAAUCUGGAGUGAGAUUGAAUUUAAUUACACAUUUCACGCACCUUAUUUUACCAUAGAUUCUCCUCAAUCUAGAUCUAUUUUAUAGAUCAAAAUCUAUAUCUGGUCCACUAGGUCUGUAUUCUAGAGAGAAUGAUUGCAUUAUUCCUUAAGGCAGUCUUCAUACUGUCUAUGCUGAGCAUCAGUGUUGUACACAGUGUGAGCUUUAAAUACAGUAAAGUGGAAACAUUUGUCAUCAACGAUGAAGAGGAAGUCAAUAGAGAUGUAGUACCACUACUUUCUGAUGUAGCAGACAAUCCUAAAGAGAUGCCGACUUCUUUACUAUCUUUGUUACAAAGCAAAUUGCCAAGGCAGUGGAUCAACAAAGAUUACAAAGUUAAUCAAAAAGGCGUCCAUCAUAUUCUGACUGACGAUUUCAAGUGGAAGUCAUGUGGACCAGCAGAUCAGCUCGUAGACAUUCGUAACUUGACAAUUCUACCAUCACCACUCUACUUUCCUGGACCAUUAAGCUUUGGUUUUGAUAUUCUGUUUCACGAUUCGGUUGAAGAGGAUGCAUCAGUUUCUGCCACCAUCAAGCUUCAGUUUAAUACAGGAGGUAGCACCUGGAUUACCAUCCCAUGUAUCCAAGGAAUAGGCUCAUGCACAUAUGACAACUUUUGUUCAUUGACCGAAGCCAUCCCUUGUCCAGAAGAACUGAAACAAAAAGGAAUCCCAUGUACAUGUCCAUUCAACAAGGGUGAAUAUAAACUUGAUAUCUUUGAAGUGGACGUUGAUGCUGCUGUUUUUCCAAGUGGAAACUACCAGGCCCAAGUGACAAUCACUGACAGCAACAAAGGACAAAUUGCGUGUUAUGUUGUCACCUUUACAGUAGGAUAGACAG